AGGGCUUUACGACCAAAUUUUUCACACUAAAAUGCCAGUACACAUUUGAGCAACGCGACGUCGGCAAAGAAAAUUUUGAGCGAAAAACGAAAGGAAGAAAAAAAUAUGUAAAGAAGAAAAUUACUACGCAAAUAAAUAUAGUUUGGCGAAAUAAAGUUUGUUACAAGUUUAGUUGAAAAGCCAAAACUACUUUUAUAUAAACAUACGCAAACGGAAAAAUCGAAAAUGAAUAAGCUAAUAAAAAUAUAUUAGCCUGAUACACUCAAUGACUGCGUUAGUGUAGUUAAAGUUAUGGGUUGACUUGAAAGUGGGACGUGAACUUGCAAACGACAUACACACAUACCAACAAAUAAGUAUAUUGCGCGGGUGGAGAAAAAAAACACACUAAAAGAAUUGAAAGUGAGUCAAACUUAAUGGUAGGCAUUGCACUUAGAGCCACAAACAAUGCAGCGGACGCGGUGCAAUUUUGCUGUGUCGUCACAGAGAUUGGAAGUCGCCGUUGCCGAAAUUUACUGCCAACAAUGGAAAAGUAGCAGUCGGAGUAUUGAAAGAAAAAAAUGUAGUAUACUGUGAAAGAUCAAUCAAACAAACAGUGGAUGCAGAAAAUCGCCUCUCCUCCCAUUAUAACUGUGAUAAUAACAAAAGAGAAUACAUAUAAGUGGAACUGAGAUUGAUAUCAAUUGAACAGAAAAAAAGUAGAACGGGGCGGAUGAGUAACAUAUAAACCUGUAGUGUGAAAUCAAGUGUACACUAAUAAAAAAUACUUAAUGUUAAUAACUAAUUAAUAUAUACCAGCAAAGCUUUAAAGAGAGUCUGUGAGGUCAAACAGUGAUUACACGGCUUCAUGUCCGACUUAUGCCAAGAAGGAAGUCCAUCGACAACUAAAUCAUGUAUAGCAUUUAAGAUAAAACAACGUAUGUAUGUUCAAAUGUAAAAUUUUUGUAUGUAAGAGUUGAGAACAAAAUGCAAAUAACCGAGAUGUUAUAGCUACCCUUAGUUUAGUAGUUAUUACAGUGCUUUAGAAGUAAACGAAACACCAAUUUAUUCGCAAAAAAAAAAUCGAAAUAUCAGCAAAAAUAUAUAAACUUUAGUUAAGAAUUUAAGUAAGAAAGUUGGCACGAAUUUUCGGAAAAAUAACGUUUCUCCUAAUACAAAAAAACCAAGUUCCGGAUGUAAUGGAAAAUAUAACACUUAUUAUACCUACUAGAAACAAAAAGUUAUGUUAUUUUUACCCGCGGGACGCGAGUGAAAAAAAACUUUAAUAGGUAAUAAACAAACAGACUGCACACAUUUAAUAAAAAAUUGUUGAAUAAUCAAAACUAAAUAAUUCCUUAUAACACCAAAUUCACCAGUUCAGAUUGAUGUCGUUUAGAAUAACCUGCAAAAAAAUUGAAGAGGUAAAAAAUAACUAAUGAGUGUGAAAAUACUCGUACAAUUCUACGGAAUAAUAGGAAUAUAAAAAAAAUUUUAAUUUGUGCAUAAAAGUUACAUGAAAAAAUAUUGAAAAAUCAUAUAAAAUUAUAGUAAAAUUUACAAAAUAGAAGAAUUUAUAUACAUACAAGCAUAAAAAACAUUAACUUAAGCAAAAAGCUAUAAUACAAAAUUAGGGAAUUUAACGUGUAGUUUACGAGUUCAUUAAAAAUAAGCCAAUAAACAAUAGCAACCAAUAUGUUUAAAUACAAAAUAUAUAAAUCCUAAGUAUAUAAAAAAAGAUUUAAUACAUGUGAAUGCAAAAAAAUAUCAGUAGCAGACACUUUUGCGUUAAUAUUACUCGAUCAUUGUCGCGAAAAUUGUAACAGAAUGUCAGCAAAAGAAAGUUUGUAAGUACAUAAUUAAAAGUUAGUAAAUCUUAAACGCGUCAAAGUAAUUCGUACAAAAUAUUUAUAUUCAAUUGAAAAAAAAUAAAUAUUUAUAUUUACAAAACUGGUAACAACAUUCGGUUAAAAGCAAUUCACCACCGCCGUUUUUUUUCGUUGUCCUACUGCAGACCAAUAAUUAAUCAGGUGCCAGAACGAAGCAUACCGACAAUCAACUAACCGGGACCAUCGAGCGUCAUAGCUUAGCAUAUGGUCAUAAGAUAUUGAUUGGCAAUAGCACAUGCAAAUUUCCGUACACCCAAACUACAUACAUAUGUAAACGAUUUUGAGAUACACAAUUUGGUAAAUAAAAUUGAGAAAUAAGCAUAAAACCGGUAGCGCAGUGGUGGCAAAGCGGAUACUAACGAAAAAAAGCGCAAAGGAGACAGAAAGCACACCAAAUAGCAAUUGUGAUUUAAGUAACAGUGACAGCUGGCAGUAAACAGCCCCCAUUGCUCAAUUGGCAUUAACAUCAACAUUACAGCAUGCAAUACUGUUAGUGAACAGCUGUGCGUUUAUACAUGCAAACAUAUGUACAUAUGUGAUUAGAAUAGAUGGUGGAACAGUUGUUUGCGCUGCACUAGUAUUAUAUAGUGUAUUAUAUUUGUGUAUAAAUCAGUUUUGGCGUUAUCAAACAUUCAAAGCUCGAGCCCCGAAGUUUUAAGAGCUUUAUUAAAUACGAAUUUAACUUCAUAGCGUUUAUUCGCACUAACAAACUACUACAGUGCUUUCAAAAUUGCACCAAACGCUAUUGUAUUGUUGUUAUGAAAACCUGUUGCUCAAACUAAAAGUGUAAAAUCCCGUUAGAAAUUAAAUAGUCUCCCACCAACAGUCGUGGAAACAGUUCGUUAAAAAUUAAUAAAUAAAUAUACGAAAUUUCAAAACCAAAAUAACAAACUAAAUAAGUAAUAUUCGUGUAAUGCGUAUCCCGGCUUCCCCCGCCAAAAAAAUAUACUCGCACUACUAUCACUUCGCUGUAUACUUUUUUCACUACAAAGACUCGCCUAUACACAUAAAACGAGGUUUAAUAGCUGGCUAAUUAAAUAUGUCAUAUAUACCCGAUGAUGCUAGCAGUAUGAGCGACGACGUCUUCGAAGAUCCCGAGACAACCCAACGUCGUCUGGAGGAGACUGUACGCCAUCGUGUGGACUUCAGUGGCAGCGGUGGCGGCAGCAGUGGUCUCGGUUCCAGUAUAGGCGGUAGUAGCGGCAAGGCAUGCAGUACUGGUUAUCCUGGCUAUCGUCCACCGGUGAAAGCUUUGCAGAUGUAUGCACUUGAAGAUGCAGUCUUUCAUGAUGACGCUUACGAAGACGAAUAUGAGGAUGGUUGGCGUUCCUAUCGCUACGAUGAAGUGGGCAUGUAUAGUCAACCGCACCAACAGCCUUUCGAUGACACAGUCAAUCACAAGACAAUACUACUUGGCGACUCCGGUGUUGGUAAAACUUCUUUCCUAGUAAAGUACAAUACGGGUGAAUUUCGUUUGGGUUCCUUCUCCGCGACAGUGGGUAUCGCACUAACGAAUAAGGUAGUAGUUGUGGAUGGCACGCGCGUCAAAUUGCAAAUUUGGGACACAGCUGGUCAGGAGCGUUUUCGUAGCGUCACACAUGCCUAUUAUCGAGAUGCACAUGUUUUCUACUUUUUUCCUUACAUAGCUCUGCUUCUGCUAUAUGACGUCACCAACAAAACCACUUACGACAACAUUCGCGCAUGGCUGGGCGAGAUAAGGGAAUAUGCACAGGAUGAUGUCGUGAUUGUGCUCAUUGGAAAUAAAGCGGACUGCAGCAACAGCGAACGGCAAGUAAAACGCGAGGAUGGAGAACGAUUAGCUAGAGAGCACAAUGUACCAUUUAUGGAAACAUCUGCUAAAACGGGAUUGAAUGUCGAACUUGCUUUCUCAGCAGUCGCUAGGCAACUAAAAUGUCGGGGCACCGUAAAUGGCGAUGAUGGAAAAUUCAAUGUCCAUGACUUCGUACGCGACAAUACGCGAGCACGAACAAUGUGUGCGCAGUGCAAGUCGAUGUAGACUUGGUUUUACUUUCCAAAGAAAAUAUGGAACACUAUUUUGAAGCGAAGUAGAUGGAAUACGAGUAUUCUAUCUUGAAGAUUGAAGAUUAGGAUUAUGUGGCAAUGUUCAGUAAUUUGAAUAGCUUUAUUAGGCAUGAUAGUGAUGUACGAAGAAACAUCCCUACAAGAUCAUUUUAUUAAUCGUAUGUAACUCAUUGAUGAUGGAAAUGUUCAUCAAACACUCCCAUCUUCUUCAACUUAUGGCCUUAUUUAAUAGUCUCUUUUUAACCAACGCAAAAUUUGCAAAUAUGUUAGUAACAUAAUCGAGAAUGUGUUAGUUUCCAUCACUCGAGUCAAUUCUCAAUCAUUAAUUGAAUUAUUAAUUCUUGUAGGGAUGUUUGAAUGAAUGUUCACAUACAUGUGGCAGACAACGUAAAUGUUUGUGUGAGCAAGUGUAGCAAAAUGCGUACAAGAAAAUACAUAUGUAUGUACAUAAAAAAAACAUUUAUGUAUUUAUUUCAGGUGCCAGUUUAUCCAGGCUUCUUCUACCCUGCUUUUCAAAAGAACUAAAUUUAAGCUGUCAUUCUAGCCUGGUUUAAGUUAUUUGGAAAACAAUACCACCUUAAGAGUUUGAAGUGAAAACUUAUUAUUAAGUUGCAUUUAUAAUAAAAAAUAAUAAUGGUUUUGUAAAUUAUUUUAAGUGAAAAAGUUCAAAUUUUUAAAAGCAGCUGAGUAUUUAUAUUUGUGUUUAUGAACAUAAUCAUUUAAUAAAUCUGUAAUUCCCACAGUGCAAACUAAUAUAAAAAGUGUUGUCAUACCGAUUAUUGGGUUUUAUUAUGCCAUAUUUUGUUAAUUUCUUUACUGUGCACAACUAACGAAUAAAAGAAACAAUUUUACGAAGUUUUCUGUUUAUACCUAAGAUGCGGUCAUAAUAUAGGAUGAUCUAAUAUCGUUGUAAAUGAAUUGGUAAGUAGUAAUACGGGAGUUUAGCCAUCUCUAUAAUAAAGUAUCAUUUAUUUCUUCUUUUGCGAAGAGGUAGGUACUCAGCGUGGCAUACUUAGGCUAUUUCUAGGGGGUACCUGGCGGUAGGUAUAAAACGCCCCCCUAAUCCAGGGUGUACCAGGUACCUAUUGGAUGGUUUGGAGUCAGGGGGCUCUUCCGACUGUAUUUUAUACCGGAUACCUGUCCGGCUCCGGGAGUAACGGUGGACUUACCGCAGCACGGGGCUCUGCUGUGGCCGACCGUUCUUUCCCCUUACCGUUAUGCACGGUCGCCGAACGGUUUCGGCUCAGUAGGCGACCAAAGAACCAGAUGCUAUGAAUACGAAUAAUGAAGCCCCGGAUCCCUGCACGGGUAAAAAUGACGCCGACGGACACGGCGUUAUAAAUAGUCAAGAGAAAUCUUCGGUAGCCACUGGAGCGGUCCCGAAGAAGCCUUCACGGCCAUUUAAAUCUAAUAUUGAGUCCAGCGUUGGUAGCUGCAAACCCUCGGAGGGUAGCGAGCGACUGGCGUCUGGGAUGCUAACGGAGCCUACCCGGCCGAUGGACCUCUCGUGCCAGGCGUCCUCAUCAAAGCGGCAAUGAGCCCACCCCAAACCCAAAGAGACAAGUGACUACCGCGCCCCCUCUUGCAGUGCAUGCGGCCACAGUCAUCAACACCUAUAAUACAGCCAUAUACCACCAGACAGCAACAACCAGAGCGGAAAGCACAACUGGACCAAGGUAGAACACCUCAUACAUCUCUCACCCUCCACUUCGAGGUCAAUCUCCUAAGACACACGAAACGUAACACAAUUGAACUGCAACGGACUCGAGAGCAAAAUCGAAGAGAUACCCGUAUUCAUGGGUCGUGCAGCAUAUUGGUAGCUGCGAUCCAAGAAACGAAGUUGCAUAGCAAUUCAGUACUGCUAGAGAACGCCAAAGGCGUUUGCCGCCGUCUGUCAUUCCACGCUAUUAGAGGAAAUGGAAUCUUCCUCUCUCCCCAGGCACUCAAACGGUGUACAUAGGGGUAUUUGAACGAUUUAGGCGGCCAUAAACCAAUUUGACAAAAUUUUAAAGGAAACUAAAAUAAAUAGUCACAUUAGAUAGAGAACAUUCCAAAUAACAUUUUCCAGUCUCCCUCACUUUUCUAACUUGCACAGCGAACGCUCACCGUUGACCGGAAACAGAAUACUCUAACGCUGCUUAUAAAUAAAUGUUUGCUCUCUAUA